AUGGCGUCCCACGACGAUGUUCCAUCUUUGGCUAAUCUCACGUUAGCUGAUCUUGAUGACGAUGAGGGGGUGUAUCACCAAGCACAAGUGCAUGUUGAGGGUGUUGCUGUAGAAGUGGAGUUUUAUAUAGUCGGUCGUUUAGUGACGAAUAAGCCGACUAAGUUUGCGUUCCUGAAGGACACUAUGGCUUCGGUCUGGCAACCUCUUAUGGGUAUGAAUGCGCGGGAACUCCAACCCCAUCUCUAUCUUUUCAGGUUCUUUCAUGAAAAAGACGUCUUACGUGUUAUGGAGGAUGGGCCUUGGUCGUUUGAGCAAAGUUUGUUAAUCUUGAAGCGAGUUGUGCCGCCGGAAGUUCCUGAAUCUGUCAAUCUAAAUUCGACGGACUUUUGGGUGCAGAUUCAUAGUCUCCCGGUUGGAUUACGAUCGGAAGCUAUUUUGAGUGCUAUGGGUAACUUUAUAGGUUCACUGGUGAAGACUGAUGAGCGCAAUUUCGAUGGUUCCAUGAGGUCUUUUUUUCGCAUCAGGGUUUCUAUUAAUGUGACUAAACCUCUACGUAAAGGUAUGAGAUUAAAGGUUGAGAAUGGUGACUGGGUGAUGGUGGAGUUUAAGUAUGAGCGAUUGCCUACGUUUUGCUUCUUGUGCGGUAUUAUUGGUCAUGGUGAAAAGUUCUGCCCUAAAUCUUGGGAAGAGGUUUCUACGUUGGUUAAGCCUUUUGGGGCUAGUCUUAGGGCUGGUUCUCGAAGGACUACGCCGACGGCUGGGCAGCGAUGGUUUGCGCCGGAAACCACUGCCGAGCGAAGCUUGUGGAAGGGACCUGUGGUGGUGGGUUCGGAUGUUGCGAAAGGGAAAUCGUCGAUGUCUGUGAACGAGGUUUCAUCUAUGAUUGUGGCUCGAAACAACGUGAAUACGAGGGGGUGUUCUAUAACUGAGACUGGCCUUGCCAAUGACGGUGGUACGACUCCUAUCGCCAUGAGUAAAGAACUUACUGUCUUUGAUCAUAAGCGGAAGCGUGUGGAUGGUGAGAGUUCAGAGGUUGGUGCUGAUAUGCAGGUUGACAUUGACUCUCAGACUCUUUCAAAAAACUUGCUGGUGGCGGGUGCUGGUGUUUCCCAGUCCCGCCAAUCACUAUGA